AUGUCCCUCAAUGCAUCGCCUUUCCAUUGUUGUCUACUCCCUACAGAUCGUUAUGUGGGCGAGUUUCAGUGCUACGACCUAUUUGACGACGAUAAAGGGCUGCCAUGGAAAAGAUGCGAACGUGAUGAGAUUCUUACAAUGAAGCAGAGAUUCGAUUCAAACGUGGGGAAAAGCUUAGUGUUCAUACUGCAGUCCCUUUCCUGCUAUUCGAUCGUUCCGGAAGAUUUUAAACGAAUUGUUCAGUACAUCGAUGGUCUGAAAUACGCUGAUGAGCCAGAUUACAUAUACCUGCGAAACUCUCUAGCAGCUAUCGCCAAAGAGGCCAGGGUUGAUUUUAACAAGCCGCUCGACUGGAUCGGUAUCACCUCAAAGAAGCGAGACAAGCCGAAAUCAGGAAGCGAAGAGGUGUCCAGCGACAAUCGACAAGAAGAAACCGGUUCAGGAGAGAAAGAGGAAGAGUCGAAGGACAGGAGCAGAUACAAGAGUUCUCGAGCAAAGAGGCGGUGA